GAACAGAUUUGCUUCUUCGAUCCAUCUCCCAUCAAACCCUCAUCUCCAUUUCUGUAUGUAUCGUUUCAGCAAGCUCAUCGAUGAUUCAGUAAAAGCUGCGAAGAACUUAAAGGCUUCAAUUUAAUCGUUUCAACAGUAUCAGAUUUCAACAAGUCUUGAUUAUCCUCUUAACAUUUUUCAUCAGACGACAAUGGCGGGAAUAGCUUUGCUUAUGGAUCUAUUGAAGAAAAAUCCAAGCGUCAAUGGCCAAACCCUACAUUCUACCGGUUUAUACUCGGCCACGCUUGCUGCCUCCUCCGCCGCUGCUUAUGUCGCCGCCAAUACCCCUUUUGCGUCUAGGGCUUUAUUCGGUAUUGGUGGAAGAAGAGUUGCUUAUUGUGAUGCUGCUGCUGUCCCUCCUCUUAUGACCGAAGAUUAUCUUAGUAGUUUAAGGACUGCAUCUGAAUCAAUCUUUCGGCACGAUACUCUGAACUACAGGACUAAAGAGUAUUCCAUUGAGCUAAAACCGUUGUUCUCAGCUUUUCAGCCGAGAUCAUUUGCAUUGACAUCAUUGAGGUCUUUUCUAUUGUUUUAUUUGCCACUUUUGGCGCCUCACGUGGAAGACGAUGACAGUGAUGACUUCCUACCGGACUCUUCAGAUGAUCAUCAUGUGGACCUGGUUGUACCCUUCAAGAAAUCAGUAAAGCAAAUCCUUCGCGAAACUAGUGUUGUUACUACCAGACGGAUUCUGGAACGACUUGCUGUUCACCAUUUCUCUCAGCGUGCGGCAUGGAAGCUUCUUAAAGAUGUCCCAAAGUCCGCAGUGCGCAAAGCUAACAGAGGGAUGCCAAUAUUUACUUACUUUUUUUGUGUCAGCAGAACGACAUUUAGAGGCCACUUUUUAGGAGUUGCAGCGUCAUGGCUUGUUCAAGUUGGAAUGGAAUGUUACCGCUUUGUUCGUGAAUACUCAAAAUCUUGUGACGACGAGAUUGAUGACACUGAUAACAAGGACCGACAAGUUAAAAUUCUUGGGAAGAAGGUGUAUGGUGUUACUGUUAGAUGUGGUGCAUCACUAGUUUGCGCGUCGAUAGGAGCUGGGAUUGGUGCAACCCUUUUCCGCCCAUCAUCUGGUCAAUCAGUUGGGUGUUUGAUUGGGGAUUUGGCGGGACCCGUGAUUGUAUCGUUUUGUUUUGUGAAUGUUCCUAAUUUGGAACUUUAGAGCAUUCAUUCAUUCUGAAUACCAUGGUUUUGGUUUUUGUUGUUAAAAGUUAAAAACUUGUUGGAAAAAGAAUGUUGUAACAAAGGUUGUGGUUAUAACAUUGUACUGGUGAGAGAUCA